AGCGUGUAUAGAAUAUAACGUCGACCUGUGUUAAAGGGAAAUUGAAGACGAAUAAAUUUAAGGGUGUAUAGAUUCCAAUGGUCAGACUGUGAGCGUGUAUAGAAUAUAACGUCGACCUGUGUUAAAGGGAAAUUGAAGACGAAUCUAUAUUCCAGGCAGCGUUUUGAUGUACAGUGUAUAAUUCAGUACAUUUGUGAUGAUACAGAUUUAACAGAUUUAUAGUUAUCAACAGUUCAAAUUGAAACCGUCAUUCCCACAUGUCAACCUUAAGAGGCCAUGCAGUGCUAUCCAAGCUGUACCGGGGAGGCUGCUCGCUGUGUGGACAGGUGCGCUAUGCAAGUAGGGAGGAGAAACGUCAAGCACGGACGGAAGAAGUGAUUCAGUUCAAGGCCCCCGGCACCCAGCCUGCAGAACGAGUGUACGUCUGGGGGCAUGCCAGGACUGGAGCCUUAGGAGUGAGGACGUACCUUCGCCCAGAGCGUAGAAGACAGCACGCUGUGACAGAGCAGCCCCGUCCAGCACGCCUGCGAUUCAUUGAUGAAAACCAUGUAGAGGUGAAAGAUGUUGCAUGUGGCUAUGGAUUCACACUGUUUGCUGUUGAAAGAAACAGAAUACAGAUGGUCCUUGGCACUGGGAUCAAUACAGACUCACAGCUGGGAUUCCAUGAGUUUCCUAAAAAUACAGGCCGAGUGUUGGACUAUCUGAUAGAGCCAGUGCCGGUUGCUAUCCCCGGAAUUCCGGAGGGGAGGGAGAGGAAUAUUCUACAGCUAGCCUGUGGCCGGGCACACAGUGUAAUUCUCACAAAACACGGAGUGUUUUCCCAGGGUAACAAUGCCUAUGGCCAGUGUGGGAGACCAGUAGUGGAAGGGGAAAUCUUCAACAAAAUUUCCAACAUUCAGAAGAUAGAGGGACUUCCAGAUAACAUUUCCAAGGUAUUAUGUGGACAGGACCACACAUUGUUUCUCACCUCGGAUGGCCAGGUUUUCUCCUGUGGCCUUGGUGCAGACGGACAGACGGGGCUGGAAACAUAUGAAAAUGUUGGAAGACCCAGGAGAUUAAUGGGUGACAUAGAUGGAGUCAGAAUCACAGACAUUGCAUCCCGGGCGGACUGCGUACUAGCUAUAUCAGAAUCAGGAGAUGUGUUUGGCUGGGGAAACUCAGAGUACAAUCAGUUGUCAAUGGUGACGCAGGAAACACAAGUCAGUGUUCCAAAAUAUUUGCCAAUUAAGAAUUGUGGGAAGAUUACACAGAUUGCUAGUGGAGGAUCUUCAUGUAUGGUUUUAAAUGAAAAGGGUGAAGUGUAUGUGUGGGGUUUCGGUGUGCUGGGAAAGGGACCCAAGGUGGACGUUCUCACACGCCCGAGUCUCCUGCCACCCCCACUCUUCGGAAGGAAUGAACUCAGCCCAGAUGUUAGAGUCAAACAAAUCAAAAGUGGGAUAAGCCACUUUGGUGCAGUCACAGACGCUGGUGACCUGUACAUGUGGGGGAAGGGUAAACACGGCUCUCUCGGCAUCUACAAGAUGGAUGUACAGUAUUUCCCACUGAAGGUGUCCAUACCAGCGCUGAUACACAGAGUUGAGCUGGGUGUGGAUCAUACAGUUGCUCUGUGUACCUCAUAUACCUGAACAAGGCCAGGGCAGAGGAAUGUGGUGUGAACUGUGUUAUACUAGUCCAUUGUCACUCUCUGUACUUCAUAUACCAGAUCGUCCGCCUCAUCUAGAGAGAAUUUGUAGCAUUCCAGCUGAUCAUAUCAUAUGCAGGACAGGAUACCUGGUCAUUGUGUGACAAUAAUUUAUAAUUAUUUAAUUGCGCAAGAGGUCAGAGGAAGUGAAAUUGAAUGUUUUUAUCUAAAUGUGAUUUGUUUAAUAAAGUCUACCAUAAAACUCGA